CGAACGCAGGCUCGGCAGGCUACAGUGCAAGCGUGGUGUUAAUAUUCCUGCAAUAUUAAUUUAUUUACUUAGAAUUCUCACCCGAAUCAUAUUUUUUAUUAACAAGUCGCUAUCGCGCGACCAUUGCAAAUCUAGUUACUUUAAAGUCUUUGGCUGAAUCAAAAGGGCCUAAGCCAAGAUGAGCAGCGAAGAUGUGAAACUAUUCACCAGGGAGGAGCUGAAAUCCCGAAACACUCGUGAAGAUGCAGUCAUGAUCAUCCAUAACGGUGUCUAUGAUGUCACGCAUUUCCUUGAUGAGCACCCGGGAGGAGAGGAAGUGCUGCUGGAGCAGGCGGGCAAGGACGCCACGGAGCCCUUCGAGGAUGUCAGCCACAGCUCGGACGCCAGAGCCCUAAUGAAGAAAUACAAGAUCGGCGAGCUGGUCGAGGCGGACCGCACGCAGACGAAGGGCGCGUAUGCGCCGCAGUGGAGCAACGACCAACCGCAGGAGCAGGGCAAUGCGUGGACCUCAUGGCUGGCGCCGCUUCUACUCGGCGUCGCGGCCACAAUCCUCUACCGCUACCUAUUCGCGUAACCUUCCAACCAAAAACGCCCAUAAGCGUCUGACGAACGAAAUUAUCUGAGCUGACGUCUGACGAUAACGAAAUUGAUAAUCAUUUAUCGUCAAUCGAAAAGUAAUAAAUAGUAAUGUAUCGGAAUACGGGCCGAUUUUAAAUUUGUUUUCGUUUUUUUGUCGUCCGAUUUCGAUAUAAUUUGGUGGGAGUUAUUAGUUCCCUAUUCUGUACGCAAUUUCACCGUAUGUUCUAAACUAACAUUUUAUUUUUGAAAUCAGGCAAUUACAUAAUAUAUCAAUUUUGUGGAUCACACUAGGCUAAGCCUGUCCCGUGACUCCUCCUUCUAAAACAUCUUUCACUGGAAAAAUGACUAUAUUAGAUAGUAACUUGACUAGGCCACCGUGACGUCCACUUACAACGUGCGCCGUCCCAUAUUAUGUUUGCAUAUAAGCCAGGCGCCGAAAACGUCUAUAGGUGUGCGACGGGGCGAAGUUAUUUGAGUUGGGGAAGCGAUAAACCACUAAGGUCUAGGCCCUAGACCUAGACUCUAGGGCAUAAUGAUAAUAAUAUUUCAGCGACGUUAUAAGUAUUAUAAUUAUGUCAACCAUGAAUUUGUGAAAUUGGCGAGUCACUAACAAUUUUUAGUAUUUUUUUAUAUAAAUCGGCAAAGUACGACACGUUUAUAGCAGCUCAGAUAAUUUUGUCAUAUAAAUAUAAGACAUAACAUAUUUAUAUACAACACAAAGUAAAUGCAAUGCCAAUGGCUUUGCGUUGCAACUUCAACACAAAUGCAGAGAACGCACAAGUGCGUUCAUAAAGUUAAUUACCAGCCAAAUCGUAACUUAUCGCAUUUUACUUUGUAAGUUGGUUGAGAUGGGUUCGAUUUGAUAGUUAUUUAUUAAGCAAGAAUGUUUUAUGGGUCAUUAUUUUUAUUAAAGGGAAUCGGGCUGACUGGUCAACGUCCAAGGAAAAACCGUUUUGAAGUGUGUAUAAAUGAAUGAUGAUAGGUAUAUUAUGUAGGUAUUAACCUUUUGACUGCCAAAGACGUCAACUGACGCGCGCGGCUAGAAUACAACCCAAUAUCAACAGACACAGCGUGAAUUCCGACAAGGGUUAAAUUUUAAAAAGUAUCCUGAUUACCUUCAGCGCUGUCUCCUAUUGGUAGACUGUAAAGUUGAUUUGACAAUUGAAUGUAAAGUUGUUGCUCAUACGUGGUUUUUGAAAUACCUUGCCCGUUGUGCUUUAGGGCGUCCGCUAUUUGGCGCGGUUGCUCGGAGCGGGUUAACGAAAAUAGUAUGAGCGUUGCUACCUGGCGCGGACGCGUGCGACGGAUUUUACCUUCAAUGGCACCCCGCGUGCGUGCGCCCGCUCCGUGCACCCGCCCACGCCACAGAAUAAAUAAUAGUACUAGGUACAGAAGACUCACUCUCUAACAAAACGCGUCGGUUACGAUCAGGACAGAUAUGGCCGCUAGGUGGCGACAGCGCCACGCGCGGCUUAUGGCUAGCCACCAAAAUUGGUGUGGGACGGAUGUACUUUUAGCUACCUGGCAAAGCGAGCCACGCGAGUGACGCUCUUAGGCCCUUUUUGCGUCCAAAGGAUUUCAUAUCAUUUCUUCUUGUGUUGGAAUUAGGCUAAGUGCAUUUUUCAACGUAAUUAGAGUCCGUCUAAGCUAACUUUGCAGCAACUUUGAUAGAACAAAGUGAGGUAGUGUCAUUUGAAAACGUCAUAUUUUCAAAGAAAUUCGACAUUAAUGAUGACAUUACCACACUUUGUCUUUGCAAAGCUUAGCUUAGCUUGGUCCGACUGUAAUGAUUUAUUAUUGUAUCUUAUAAUAAAAAAAUGCUAUACAGGGCAGAUUAUACGAAAGAAUAAAAAGCUUAUGCUAAUUUUAAGCUGCAUUAAUAGUUAUAUCGUGUAAGGCAUAAUGUUAUAUUUUGACAUAAAACUGAAAGGGUGAAUUAUUGGUAACUUUUAAGUAUUUUUCGAAAUACUUUAUCUUUAUCGUUUUAUAUUUUGGUUUUGUUCAGACUUUAAUAUAAGAUAAAAUAGAUAGGUGCAUAAAUAAUAAUAAUAACAUUAAAUUGGUAUUAUUCUUAGAUGAAACAGGAAAAACAAAUGACAUCAUAAAUAUACAAUAAGAUAAUUUGACCAUAAUAAAAGUACAUAUUAUAGCCCUGAUCAGUAUAUUCCUUUAUUUUGAGACUAUGUAAAAAGCAUUAGAAAUAAGGUAAACAAUCUUGAUGUGUCUUUUAAUUGAAAAACACAUUUUAAAAAUAAGUUACGGCAUAUAUGUAACAAUUAUGAAUCUAAUACGAUCAUUUAUAUUCUUCUGCUUUCAUAAGUAAUAGUUAAUGAUUUUUAAAACGCGUUUUUCAAUUAAAAGACAUGUCAAGAUCGCUUACCUUCUUUCAAGUUCUCUCUAAUGCUAAAAAAACGAACUAUAGUGUGCCGGGUACUCAUUAGCGAGCCGUAACCGUAAAGCCGGGUACUCAUUAGCGAGCUGUAACCGUAACCGUUGCAUGUACUGUAACCAAAAAACAUAGUGUGUACGUGGUUCGUAAACCUGCUGCGAGCGGUACGCGAGCGGCUCGCAGCGAUCCGACGUUUACAACGUACUCAUUUCUGAAUACGUAACUGUAACCGUUACUGUUACCAAAAACAUAGUGUGGACGUGGUUCGCAAACCUGCUGCGAACGGUAGGCGAGCGGCUGGCAGCGAUCCGACGUUUACAACGUACUCAUUUCUGAACCCGUAACGUUGCACGUUACUGUAACUGUGACUUUUACCAAAAACAUAGUGUGUACGUGGUUCGCGAGCCUGCAACGAACGCUACACGAGCGACUCGCAGCGAUCCGACGAUUGUCGGUUUUUGCCGCGAACCAAAGGGCGCUCGCAGUGCGCUCGAGGACGUCAAGAUCAGUUGUUGCCACUGCGAACCAACUAUAUUAUUCGAGUAUUUCUUCGUCAUGAGUGAAUGGUCAGAAGAUAAAUGUAUUUUGUUGAUAGAUGCCUACAGGGAAAAUAGUGUACUAUGUAGUAUACUAAGUAUUCUAUGGAUCUUCUUUCCCGAUACAUUCUAUGAAUCCCCCAUCAUCGUGGCCGUUUAUGAGUAGGCAUCUAGUAUGUAUGCUGCACAAGCGAGAAAUACUUCAUCGUGGAGUUACAAACCAAAACUGCGGAUCAGAUCCGGCUUGUCAGUGGCCUUCUCGUACACACUAGAACCUCGUACUGUAUCUGUUUGGUUACAGUUACAGCUCGCAAAAUGAGUACGCUCGGUGAAAGCGUUCCGGCGAAGUCGCGAGCCGAAACUGUAACAUGCGUACUCACUAGAACCUCGUACUGUAUCUGUUUGGUUACAGUUACAGCUCGCAAAAUGAGUACGCUCGGUGACAGCGUUCCGGCGACGUCGCGAGCCGAAACUGUAACACGCGUACACAUUAGAACCUCGUUACUGUAUCACGCAUGUUACGGUUACGGCUCGCAAAUGAGUACCCGGCUCACUAUAGUUCGUUUUUUUUAGCAUUAGAAAGAACUUGAAAGAAGGUAAGCGAUCUCAGUAACUAUUACUUAUGAAAGCAGAAGAAUAUAAAUGAUCGUAUUAGAUUCAUAAUUGUUACAUAUAUGCCGUAACUUAUUUUUAAAAUGUGUUUUUCAAUUAAGGCGCGGUGUGUAGUAAAAUGCACUUUUUUGUCACCAUAUUUACAGACUCCGAUGUAGAAGAGUCGUUGGUUAUUUGAAAAAUUUUUGUUGAAGUUGUGCAACCUCUAAAUGUUGACCGAUUUUAAUUUUUUUUAACGUAUAAUAUUUUUUUAUCAGUUGGAACAAGAAUUCGAGCAAAGUCAGAUGAAAAUCGAAAAUUCGGAAAAAUGAAACACCCUAUUAAGUACUCAUCAAAAUUCGAAUUUACUAAUAAAUCUUAUUCAAUAUUAAUUGCCGAACUAAAAAUCCCGGAACUGACAAUUCAGAAUACCGAUGUCGUCAGAAUAAGGACGUAGACGUGCUGCGCGGGAAUGGUGCGGUGCGCCGCGCGGGGCGCCCGCCUGCCCGUUCUACCACGCGUCUGCUUCACCCCCUUGAAUACGUAAAACUCGAGUAUAAGAGCGCCUUAAAAGACUCGUCAAGAUUGUUUACCUUAUUUCUAAUGCUAAAAAAAACGAACUAUAGCGUCCUACCAUCCUAAUAGGUACUAUGUAGUACAGAUGUAGUGCAUAGGUAAUCGUAUUGUCACGGCAACGCGGCCAACGCGGGCAACGUACGAACGCGUCUUGCUAUUUAAGUCAGUCUCGGAACAAAAAAUACUUACGUUGGCUGAACUAGCAUGACAAAUACGAUGGAAAACAAUUAUGCACUACAUCUGUACUUAAUAUCCUCUAGGUUUACUAAUAUGUGGCCGAAAAUUGUAUGGCAAAUUAUCACUUCCCAAACUAUUUUUUCCAUAGUAUCAUUUGGCAAAACUAUCAGAUGGCAAACCAAUGUUUCGCAUAUAUAACAUGUCGCAAAUGAUUAUUUACAAUAUUAUUGUAUGGCAAAAUAUUUAGUUAGUCAUGUUUCAAAAAGUCUCUUAUUGUUAUGUCGAAUAUAUUGAUAGGCAUUAAUUAUUUUUCGCCUAAUAUUGUGAAUAACCUACCUAUCUCUAGGAGCAGUUUCGUUUUUAGGGUCAUAAAAAAUAACCCUAACCUACCUAUAUCUGGGAGCAGUUUCGUUUUACGGGUCAUAAAAAAAAAUAAUCCUAACCUACCUAUCUCUGGGAGCAGUUUCGUUUUUAGGGUCAUAAAAAAAUAACCAUAACCUACCUAUCUCUGUGAGCAGUUUCGUUUUACGGGUCAUAAAAAAAAUAACCCCAACCUACCUAUCUCUGGGAGCAGUUUCGUUUUUAAGGUCAUAAAAAAAUAACCAUAACCUACCUAUCUCUGGGAGCAUUUUCGUUUUACGGGUCAUAAAAAAAAUAACCCUAACCUACCUAUAUCUGGGAGCAGUUUCGUUUUACGGGUCAUAAAAAAAAUAACCACAACCUACCUAUCUCUCGGAGCAGUUUCGUUUUUAGGGUCAUAAAAAAAAUAACACUAACCUACCUAUAUCUGGGACUCAUCUGGGAGCAGUUUCGUUUUAUGGGUCAUAAAAAAAACCAUAACCUACCUAUCUCUGGGAGCAGUUUCGUUUCUAGGGUCAUAAAAAAAUAACCAUAACCUACCUUUCUCUGGGAGCAGUUUCGUUUUACGGGUCAUAAAAAAAACCCUAACCUACCUAUCUCUGGGAGCAGUUUCGUUUUACGGGUCAUAAAAAAAAAUACCCUAACCUACCUAUCUCUGGGAGCAGUUUCGUUUUACGGGUCAUAAAAAAAACCAUAACCUACCUAUCUCUGGGAGCAGUUUCGUUUCUAGGGUCAUAAAAAAAAUAACCAUAACCUACCUAUCUCUAGGAGCAGUUUCGUUUUACGGGUCACAAAAAAAAUGCUAAAUAUAAAUGUCAUCAAAUAAAAAGUAUGCGAAGUUUCAAUUUGGGCAAACGUUAUUUUAACAAUAAAUGGUUAGGUAUAAUAAAACAUUUGCUUAGUGACUAUUUUUCUAAAUAAAUCGUGGUAAAAUGAACAUCUGCUAAAUAAAAUUGUAAUCAAAUAAAAAUUAUGCUAAAUAAUAAUAUGCUAAGCAUUGGUUUGCCAACUAAAAGUACUGCAAUAUGUUGGUUGGGAAGUGAAAUUAGGCGAAAAAUAUUUCGGCGAGAUGGCAGUACACCCCUCUACAAGGCCGUCUUAAACUAUGCUGGGGCCCUCGGUCACUCAAGAAUUUAGGGCCCUUUUGGAAUGCAAAGCGAAUUAAGUGAAUUAAAGUUUUUCUACUAUGGGCUUCUAUUUAUUAUGGCACGGGCCGGGCCCCGUGUGCCCUUAUAGUAAAGACUGUAUAGGGUCGACCGCCCUCCCCCCUAAAUCGUCUUACGUAAUAAAUGAAUGGCACCCAACUUUUGUUUAUGGAUAGUUUGUAUCAUCCAGGAUGUUCCGAAAAUAAAACAAAAUUUGUAAUAAUAGAAAGUAUGUAUUUAAAAGUCACAUGCAUUAACUUUAAUUUGUGUGUCAUCUUUAUCUAGCAUCCAGUUCUUGUUCGUCAAUUUGUUAUAAAUUUUAUAUAAAUAAAAAAAUAGUUACAAGUAUCUGUUGUUUAUUUUGCUAAACUACCCGAAUGUUAAAAAUAGUCAUCAUCAUCAACUUCUUUGAUUCAUAUUAUUAUGGUAUCGUCUUGGGUCGUCCCAUUCGCUUUUCGUCAAGUUCUUAAAUUAGUCCUAUUCUGCUUUCGUCACUCAUUCUACAUUCGUCACAAUCGUCGGUGGCUUUCAAUGUAGAAUGAGUGACGAAAGCAGAAUAGGACUAAUUUAAGAACUUGACGAAAAACGAAUGGGACGACCCAAGACGAUACCUUAUUAAGUAAGAAAACUGAUGUAUGGAGUGAGCACUCAAAACUUACUUAUUAUUCUAUGCCAUAAUGGAGGCAUGCUCAUUGAAAGUCACUAAUUAAACUAAAUAAUCAUCGGCUCUUCAAAUAGUCAUUUCCCCACGUUAAUUAGGUGGACAUAGACACUCUGUCAUUAACCCUUUGCUUGUAUAUCGGCCAAGACACAACCUUCUUUAUUAAACAUCUUAAUAUUAAUUGAACUUAAAAUAUUUUCGUCUCUUCUAAUCAUA